UGAAUGAGAGCAGCAGCAGCAGCAGCAGAGAUGCAGAACUUGCUGCAGACCCUCUCCCCUCCCUCUCGUCCAUCCUCCUUUUACUGAAGCACUUAGUCUGUGUGUGUGUGUGUGUGUGUGUGUGUGAUGUUCUCUGGUCCAUUUAGCUCCUCCACUAAGGGAAUGCAUUAACAGGGAUCCCCCACUCAUUUCUGCUCCACAGCCUCCUCCUUUAGCUGCGGUGCUUGCAGGAUUGCAGUGUGCCCUAACUUGCAGAGCCCUGAUGCUGAGGAAGAAGGGCUCAGAGCUGCUGAAGGACCGAGAGGUUCUGCUGGACCUGGACCCCACUGGAGAGACCCAUGCAGCUGAAUGCUAUGGCAGCCUGCAGAAUGGAGGCUUCAUCCCAGCUAGAUAUCUGACUGCUCCAGCAGAUGAUGAUGAUGAUGACCCAAUAUAUAUUCACUGCGAGAAACCAGCUACGCCACCAGCUCCGCCACCCGGCAACUACUUCAGAGAUGGCCAAACUAAAAUAGACUAUGUUCUGGUGUGGGAGAUAAAGUCACGCAGGAAGCGGAGAGCUCGAGGUAAAAGCAGAGGGGAGGCUGAAGAUGAGGGGGAGCUGCAGGCUGCUCAGGAGGAGAGCAGAUCUGAGAAGAGGAAAGCUCAGCUGGCCCGAUGGAGGGACAGAUUCAUCCAGAACAUCCAGAGUGCCGGCCUGCUGCUGGAAAAGGAGGAAACAUCCAGUGCUAAAAAGACUAUUCACUAUCUGAAGCUCAGUGCUCCCUGGGACGUGCUGGUGUACUACGCUGAAGAGCUGUGCCUCAGAGCGCCGCUACAGGCGCAACCACACCCGGACUUCAACACCUCGGCCCGGGUUCUCCAGAAGCUCUGGAUGCCAAACGUCAUGGCAGACUUCGUUCCCAACAGGCCUGUGGACUAUUACACGUGUGCCUUCCGCAAGUCAAAGAUGGAAAAGUUUUUGGGCUCUGAAGAUCAUCAGAAUUAUUUCAGCAUCACACAGAGACAUCGCAUUGUGUAUGAGAUCCUAGCAAGGACUGUUUAUGGCAAACGGAAGCAUGCAGAGGUGGGAGCGGCUCGACUGUUGAAUGAAGGGGCUUUUAAAGCAGCAUUUCCCCUUCAUGAGGGGCCAUUUGAGCUGCCAGACUAUGAAAUCUCUCCUGACCAGUUAAACAAGAGACAGAUUCUGUAUCACUACUGGGCCCGCUGGUCAAAAUGGUACAAGUACCAGCCCCUGGAUCACAUCCGGGAAUACUUUGGGGAGAAAAUUGCUCUUUAUUUUGCAUGGCUCGGCUUUUAUACAGCCUGGCUUCUUCCUGCUGCAAUAGUUGGAACGUUUGUGUUUGUAUCCGGCAUCAUGACCAUGGGAUCUAACACGCCAGCGAAAGAAAUCUGUGAAAGUGGAGGACACUAUCUGAUGUGCCCUCUCUGUGAAACCUGCAAACCUUGGAACAUGUCUGACAUUUGCCCCAUGGCCCAGGUGGGCUACCUGUUUGACCACCCUGGAACAGUGUUCUUCAGCGUGUUCAUGUCCUUCUGGGCUGUCACCUUUCUAGAGUAUUGGAAACGCAAGAAUGCCACACUUGCCCACCACUGGGACUGCAUGGACUUUCAUGAGGAAGAGGAGCCACCACGUCCGGAGUUUGCUGCCAUGGCCCCUGCGAUGGAGGAGAACCCUGUGACGGGGGUGAAGGAGCCCUAUUUCCCGGAGAAGGCCCGUAUCUCCCGCAUGCUGACCGGAUCCAUGGUCAUUGUCAUAAUGCUGUGUGUGGUGAUGAUUUUCCUGGUCACUGUCAUCAUCUACCGCAGCAUAGUGAGCGUGAUGAUGUAUGAGACGGGGAGCUCGGUGCUGCGGACUCAGGCUGGGAACAUCGCCAACAUCUCCAGCAGCAUGGUAAACCUGGCUCUAAUCUUGCUGAUGGGGCAGGUGUAUACAGCACUGGCCGAGCAGCUCACUAAAUGGGAAAUGCACAGGACACAGACGCAGUAUGAGGAUGCGUUUACAUUCAAAGUGUUCAUCUUCCAGUUUGUCAACUUCUACUCCUCCCCUUUCUAUGUGGCCUUCUUCAAGGGAAGAUUCGUGGGGUAUCCAGGUCACUAUGGCACUUUGUUUGGGAUGAGAAAUGAGGAUUGUGGUCCAGGAGGCUGUCUGAUUGAGCUUGCUGAGCAGCUUUUCAUCAUCAUGAUCGGGAAGCAGCUCAUCAACAACGUUCAGGAGUUUGUCAUACCUAAAGUAAAGGCAUGGAGACAGAAGAAGGCCCUGGCCUCAGUGAAGAAGGCUCAGGGUGGUCUGGAGCCCCAGCGCUGGGAGCAGGACUAUGAGCUGGUGGCGUGUGAGGGGCUGUUUGAUGAAUAUCUGGAAAUUGUGCUGCAGUUUGGCUUCAUCACCAUCUUUGUGGCGGCGUUCCCUCUGGCACCUCUCUUUGCCCUGCUCAAUAACUGGGCUGAAGUGAGGCUGGAUGCGCACAAGUUUGUGUGUGAGUAUCGGAGACCCGUCGCCGAGCGAGCGCAGAACAUCGGCGUGUGGUUCAUCAUCCUGGAGGCGCUGUCUCACGUUUCUGUCAUUGUUAAUGCUUUCCUCAUUGCGUUCACGUCUGAUUUCCUGCCUCGGCUGCUGUACCGGUAUAAGUUUAAUAGUGAUUUACACGGGUACGUCAACUUCACACUGGCCUACGCUCCUCCCAGCUACAACUACUCCAGCCAUGGCAUGUGCAGGUAUAAAGCUUUUCGGGAUGAGAAUGGGAGCUACACUCUAGUGUACUGGGAACUUCUCGCAGUCAGACUAGGCUUCAUCAUUGCAUUUGAGCAUGUGGUGUUCUCCGUGCUUCGUGUUAUUGACUGGAUGGUUCCCGACGUGCCGGAGUCUCUGGAGCUGAAGGUCAAGCGGGAGCGAUAUUUGGCCAAGCAGGCACUGGCUGACAACCAGGAGGCCCUGUUGCAAGCGACACGUUUGGCAACCUGAGGCGGGCCCGCAGUGCCAGGGCGUCUCCAGGAGGCGGCGCACUCAUCAAGGCAGGACUGGAUACCUUCAGCUCAGACUCAGAAGGCACACCUUAGCUUUGGAAGACUUCCAAAAAAAAAAAAAAAAAAAAAAAAAAGAAAAAGAUUUGCACUUGGACUGUGUGAACUUUUGGUGAGUGUGUGUGUGUGUGUGUGUCUGUGUGUUUGUGUGUGUUUCCACUGGGUGGAUAAGUAUUUAUGUGGUUUAGAGAGAGCAUGCAUAUAUUUCUGGGUGUCUGUUUUAGACGUCUGUAACUGGUGCACUUGUGAUGCCAAGAUCCAAGAUUGUAAUGCUUCCUAAACGAGGAUGUUUGUGUGCAGCACCUCUGGGUUAUAAGAUUACUGUCGACUACCUUCAACCAUCUGCUCCAUCAGACUGAGAUAAAGUCAAAAUAGAUAAGAAAUGAGAGACGCAGUGGGGUCCAAAGGUCUGAGAGGUGUGGUGAACAUGCUUUUAUUUUAAAAAUGAAUUAAAAUUGCAAUAGUUGUUUUUUUAUUAAAUGAAAAAUGCCACCUUUGAAAUUUUAACUGGGCUAUUAGAUUGUUUUAGUGUUUGGUGGUGUUUAUCUCUUUUACUUUAAUGACAGUGUGCACUCAAGCUGCAUGGAUUCAACACAUUUGUGCAAAUGCCUCUGAUAAACAGGUAAAAAUCAUCUGAGAAUCAUCUGAACACAAGCCUCAUUGAAAGACACAAGGCAAAAAAUCCCUGACUUUUUGUUAAUGUGACAAAAUUUCUUGAAAAAUAGUUCAACAUUUAUAUUUACAUGAUGUAUCACUUUCUCCUCAAUCAACAAAAAGCAUGUUUUGUAUCCAAAGUUUCUUUCAUUAAUUUGCUACAAGAGACUGUAGGCUAAUGGUGUUAACAAAAACUGCACUUAAAGUAGCAAUCCAUAGGAUUUUUUUCAUUUUUUAAUUGAAAGAGUUGGGAGGGUACAAAAUGUUCAAACCAAAAUUAUUGCGAUUAGAGUCCUGGUACAACCAUCCCUGCAAUAUAUAAUACAUUUAUUCAAAAAACAAAGUGGUCUGGUAGGUUUGUUAGAGAAAGAGUAAAUCUUUUUGUGUGCACCGUGUGCCAUCAGCUGCCGGAGCCCCGAGAGAGCACAAUUGGCCUUGAUCUCUCUGGGUGGGUAGAUGGCGCUCUCUCCACACAUCACUAAAGGGUGAUAUCCGCAGCACAAGGCGUCUGUGAGCUGAUGUAUCAGAACCGAGUUGCUGCUCUUUCCUCCGAGCGGGCUGUGAUGCUACUCGGAAAUGCUGCAUCAGCAGCAGUUUGAAAAGAGGCGGAGUCUGACUUCACAUGUAUCAGAGGAGGCAUGUGCUAGUCUUUACCCUCCUGGUGUUGUGGCAUCACUAGUGAUGGAGGAUAUACAGCUAAGUAGCAGCUGAAUGGGUGGGAUAAUUGGCCUAGCUAAAUUGAGAGAAAAAUGGCCAUCAUAAUACAUUUUCACACAGCAAUUUAUUUACAUUAACCUGCAUUAAAAGUACUCUCCCACAUGCUUCAUGCAAUUAUACAUUCUCACCAGAGAUGUCGCCCAAUCCCCAAAUCCCCCAAAAUAUACAGACUGUCACUUUAAAAUGUCACUAAUAUCAAUUCAGAAAAUUCAGAAGUUAAAAAUAAUAUUUAAUAAAGCAUGUUUAAAAAGAUAAGCUAAAAUUCUAUGCUGAGUUUCACUAAAAGUGAUUUUAGUUACUCAAAAUGUCCAUUAAUUUUACAGACUUAUGAAAGUCCAUGUGUGUAAGUGUAUGUUUUAGAGAACGUAAUAAUAAAAACUAGUUUGUUUACUGUUUAAGGCCAGCACUUUUUUUAGCAACAUUAACAUUAGCAUGUCCUGCUGGAUUUUCUACAGCUCAGAAUCCAAGAUGUGAAAGCAGUAGUAUUAUACAGUUUAUUAGAACUAUCUAUUUGCAUCUCAUUACGGCUGUUAUUGUAAGUAAGAAAAUGUUUUUAAUGACUUGCCUGGUUAAAUUAAAGGUUAAAUAAAAAAUAAUAAAUGAGUCGUACACACAGUACUGCCCAACUAGUGUCUGUAGCCUUGUUUCCAUAGCGCCUGGAUGUGGAAAAUACUGUAUAAUGCUUCAUCAACUAGAUUUGCUAAAAAUGAACAAUAAAAAGUGGGACAUAUUUUGGCUGGAUUCACCAAAAAACACCACUAAAGGAUUGUUAAACCAGUAGUGAUAUCUCUAAAUUCUUUAGUCUUUAGCCUAUAUAGUUAUGUUCUAAAAUACCUACCAUUGCACCCCUACUUUAAGCUGAUUGGCUGACUGCCUCCUUUGUGAAUUAUAAAUCAUGUUAUUAAGAUUUAUUUUGACAAAUGAUUCAUUUACAUUUAGGAUGUUUGCAUAGAAAUAAAACUGUUCCACUUUAAAAUAAGACUACCUUUAUAAAGAGUUUAUAAUCAGUU